AUGGAGUGUGACAUGUCGUUCAAUGUCGAAUACAACCUCACCUUGCAUAAAUCGAUACAUAGUAUUGAUAGUCUCACCUGCCCAGAUUGUCACAAAAGGUUCUCACGUGUUGCAAGUCUCAAGGCGCAUAUUAUGUUGCACGAGAAGGAAGAGUACUUGAUGUGCAGUGAGUGUGGCGAUGAGUUUAACCUACAGAGCGAACUUGAUCGACAUAUUCAGGAGCAUCGGGCCGAGGAAGCUGGAGAUCGCAUUUAUCCAUGUAGAAUAUGCACUAAAGAAUUCAAUAAAUCAUCUCUUCUGAAAGAGCACAUGAAAAGUCAUUACAAAGUCAGAUCCAAUUUGUUAAUGAGUAGACCACUGAAACGGAAUAUUGAUAGAUCAUCAUUUUCCAAUGAAUGCAUGCACUGUGGUAAAACAUUUCAGAAGCCAAGCCAACUUGAAAGACACAAUCGGAUUCACACUGGGGAGCGGCCAUAUAAAUGCGAUGACUGUGGAAAAGCAUUUAAUCAGAAAGGAGCAUUACAAGUACACAUGGUAAAGCAUACAGGAGAGAAACCACACUUGUGUGAUUACUGCCCGGCCGCCUUCUCACAAAGGGGCAAUUUGCGUGCACAUGUUGCCAGAGUACAUACAGAAAACAAGGCUUUGGAGAAGACCUUUGAGUGCGAUGAAUGUAGCUGUGUUUUCAAGAAGCUCGGUAGUCUGAAUGCUCAUAUGAGCAGAAUGCAUGCUGACACAUCCCCACCGACACAAGUUCAAAUGAUCUCCCCUCUCAAGUCUUCAAUUGAUAUAUCUAAGCUGCCUGGCGGAGAUACCCCGAGUGGCCAGAACCCUACAGCAGUGACUGAUGUCAUACAGCAGUUGCUAGAGCUCUCGGAACAGUCCGCAGAGAAUGCCGAUGGGACCCACCAACAGAUUCAGCAGAUCGCUAUCGAUGGAAAUAUAAGUUCAGAUAUUUUGCAGCAGGCAUUGGAAAACAGCGGUUUAACCGCUGUACCCAUUGACGUACAACCAGGUCAAGUUUCUAGUGCCAUUAGCGGACAGAAAACGCGCUCAGAUGUUAUGGUGAUUAAGAGGAUUCGAAAGCUACCUAAUGGUCGCAUGCACUGCUGUACAUAUUGUAAUAAAGAGUUUCGGAAACCUAGCGAUUUGGUGCGGCACAUACGAAUACAUACACACGAGAAACCUUUCAAGUGUACUCAAUGCUAUCGUGUUGCUGUGAAGAGUACACUGACUGCCCACCUUAAAACACAUACUGGAUUGAAGGAGUUCAAAUGCCAUGUUUGUGAAAAGAUGUUCUCCACGCAGGGCAGUCUGAAGGUCCACAUGCGUUUACACACAGGUGUCAAGCCCUUUGAGUGUCCACACUGUGAUAAAAUGUUUCGUACCUCGGGGCAUCGAAAGAGUCAUGUAUCUUCCCAUUUCAAGGAACCAUCGCAACGCAAACCACGCAAGAUGGGUAAAUCUCGCACUCCUAAAUCGGAUAUACAACUGCCCGAUAUCCCAAUGCAGGAACCUAUUCUUAUUACAGACACUGGCCUCAUACAGCAACCUCCAAGGAAUAGUCAGAUGUAUAACCAGUAUCUGGGGAAUGGUCUUCAGCAGGGUGGCAGUGUUGAUAGACCUUACAAAUGCUCGUAUUGCUCCAAAGGCUUCAAGAAGUCCAGUCAUCUGAAGCAGCACACACGCUCACACACUGGGGAGAAGCCUUAUAAAUGUAUUACAUGUGGCAGAUGCUUUGUGUCCAGUGGCGUUCUAAAAGCCCAUGUGAGGACACAUUCGGGUGUGAAGUCAUACAAGUGCUUGAUCUGUGAUGGUAUGUUCACAACCAAUGGUAGCUUAAAACGACACAUGUCCACUCACAGCGAGGUUCGCCCUUUCAUGUGCCCCUAUUGCCAGAAAACAUUUAAAACCUCUGUGAAUUGCAAGAAGCACAUGAAGACACACAGGCAUGAACUAGCCAUGCAAGCUGUUCAGGAUGACCUGGAGCAAACGGGUCAGCAACCACAAGCACCUCAGCAGGAGAUUACCAUUGAUACCCAGCCUCAUCCCCAACCAUCAGGACAACAGACUCUUCAAGAUCCAUUAUCAGAUCAACAGCAAAUGCUUAAUCUUCAACAACCAACUCAACUAAAUCAGCCGCAACAUAGCUUGACGGGGCAGACGUUGACUCAAGAUCAGUUAACACCAGAGGCCUUAAAUCAGCAGAACUUCAAUCAACAGACUCUUUUGAGUCAGCAGAACUUAAACCAACAGUCACUCUCGCAACAAAAUUUCAAUCAGCAGAAUUUCGCACAGCAGAGUUUUAGCCAACAGAAUCAGAUCACGCAACAGAUUCAGCAACAGUUGGAAGCCAUCACCAGCCAACAGAAUAACUUUCAACAGCAGGGUGUGACGUCAAUCCAGUUACAAGAGCCGCAGCUGUCUACUGCGCAGCGUGACAGACAAGCGGUGAUUCAACAAGAGACAGUGGAAGGUAAGCGCACUUACAAGUGCGGUUACUGCUCAAAAGCAUUUAAAAAGUCCAGCCAUCUGAAGCAACAUAUUCGUUCUCACACUGGAGAGAAACCUUACCAAUGUCUUCAGUGUGGUAGAUCAUUUGUAUCUUCAGGUGUGCUCAAAGCCCAUUCACGAACGCACACAGGAUUGAAAUCUUAUAAAUGUCAGGUAUGUGGGUCAACUUUUACAACUAAUGGGUCUCUGACGAGACACAUGAUUAUACACAGCAGCAUCCGUCCAUUCAAGUGUCCUUACUGUCAUGAAACGUUUCGCACAUCGCUACAGUGCAAGAGACAUAUGAAAAGCCACCGAGAUGAAAAUGGAGAACAAAGUGAUACAAGUAAACCCGCAGUUAGAAGACCAAGAUCGUCUAUAAUUCAGCUGUCGGAGGCACAAGCUGAAGAGCUAGCUAAGGCCACACCAAAUGAGGAUGUCUCAAUCUCCGAAAAGAUUCUUAUAGCCUCGGCCGCUGAGAAAACUCGUGUGAGCGAGAUAAAAAGCAAAACGGUGGUGGAUGAUAAUCUUCCAAAACAUGCACAUCGGUGUAACUUGUGCCCUAAAAGCUUCAAAAAACCAAGUGAUUUGGUGAGACAUAUUAGAAUACACACAGGUGAGAAACCAUUCAAAUGUGAGCUAUGUAGCAAAACUUUUACUGUGAAAUCCACCUUAGACUGCCAUAUGAAAACCCAUGUUGGUGAAAAGAACUUCCAUUGUCAUAUUUGCCAUUCCCCGUUUUCCACAAAGGGGAGCUUGAAGGUGCACAUGCGCCUACACACCGGUGCCAAGCCUUUCAAAUGUCCUCAUUGCGAAGAACGCUUCCGUACAUCAGGUCAUCGCAAGAGUCACAUCCAGUCUCAUUUCAGGGUUGCUGAACCCAAGAAGCGUAAGAUUUCCACUACAAAUCGUGCUGCAGCUGGUGCCACAACGUCGACAGAACCGCUACAACCAAUUAACUUGCUGAAUACAGAGCAGCAACAAGCUAUUGUUGUUAGCCAACCUCAACUUGUCAACCAACUGCAGAUUGAUCAGUCAAUGCUACAGCAAGCUCUUGGAUCACAGGCUACUGUAUUACCAGCGUCUAUUGCAACCACUGAUUCAUUUACUUCCCUUGCUGAGGGUGGUAUGGCAGCUACUGUACUACAGGGUCUUGACGGGAUGCAACUGCAGUUAAGUACUACAAACAUCAAUGGUCAAAAUGUACAAAUACAAAGCUUAGAUCCCAAUAUUACAGUACAGAUAGAUCCACACUUAUUACAGCAACUACAACAGGGUAAUAUCAAUACUAGCAUGCUUACCCAAGUAUUGAAUGGCCAAAUAACACAGGGAGAGAUGCUGACACAAGCUACAUUACAAGGUGCAAGAUCCGAUGGUGAUAUUCAUGACACUAGUCUUCAAGCUUCCAGUGCUGAAGCUGGCCAGAAUGAAAAUGAACUUGAUCUAACGCAGGUGCAUAUACAAGAAUCUCAGGCGACGACUAUUCAAACAUCGCAGGGUGUGUACACGCAAGCCUCUAGCGAUGACCCGGUAUACGUACCAGCUGCAUUACAGCACCAUGCUAAUAUCAUUGAACCGGCUGAGCACACCAUGCCGACAACCAUUAUAACAUCCACUUGCUCCGACCAAACGCACACAAUCCCAUCAACCACGUUGACGACCGCCCCAAUGGAACCAUCGCUACUACAGUCAAAUAUGGCUAACUUGCAUCCUACCAACAUAGUUGUGCAUACCGGCAUCGAAGGCACUCAUGUAAUCAUCAGCCAAGACGAUAUCCAGAAUACGGCUGCUACAACCGAGAAUGAGCAAGCCACGUAUGAAGUCCGUACUCUACAGACGAUGGAAACUGAUGCCUCAGCAGUGGCAGUGAGCUCGGAAGCUGGUGAUGGAGAGGUUGAGAUGGCUGCUGCGUCAUUAGAGGACGUUGAUAAUGUUCAACAGAGAUGUACUGAACCUGGAUGUGGACAGGUGUUUUCUCAACCAGGACAGCUAAAGAGACAUUACAAGGAACAGCAUUUGGAGGAGAGACCCUACACCUGUAAUUUGUGCAGUAAAGCGUUCAAAAGAGCUGGUCAUCUCAAGGAACACAUGCUAACUCAUGAACCUGGUCCACCAACAAGUCGUACCAGACCCACGCCUCAUGCAUGUCAGAUAUGUGGUAAAGCAUUUUCCAAACCAAGUCAGUUGGAAAGACAUGUACGAAUACAUACUGGUGAACGACCUUUCCCAUGUCCAGAAUGUGAUAAGGCUUUCAAUCAGAAGAACGCCCUCCAAGUUCAUCUGAAGAAACAUACUGGAGAAAGACCAUAUAAAUGUUCAUAUUGUGAACUGGCAUUCUCACAAAAAGGUAACUUGAAAACACACAUAAAAAGAAAUCAUUUCAUCGAGUCUCCAUGGCAAGAAGGCGACAAUGAUGGAGAGAACCCUGAGGGAGAUGACAAUGCCGAGGCAGAUGAAGAUGCAAUCAUUGGCAAUGAAAGUGCUGUUGCCGUGGAGGCGGAGGAGGGACACGAUAAUCAGGCACAAGAUGAAGGAAUUGACUUAGAGGGGGUUGUAACUGACUUUUUCCCAAGAUAA